CACAGUCGUCUAAGCCCCUGGGCUGUAAAAUGGAUGACGCAGAGUUGUACGCCAAAUCGAGCAGCCUUCAGCAACAGUUCGUGAACAAGGUGCUGCAGGAGCUGUGGCCGGCGCUGGACUGGCGGUGCGCUCAAGGCACUGUGCUGGACGUUGGUUGCGGUGCUGGUGACGUCACGACACAAGAGCUGCUGCCGCGACUGCCACCAGGCGUCAGUGUCCUUGCUGUAGACAUCAGCCCCGCCAUGGUAGCCAAGGCUGCAGACAGGUUCUCCGGACCACGUCUGUGCUUCCGUCAGCUGGACAUUGGCACGCGGCGUAUUGAAGAAACCGACGUCUGGAGGCUAGGACCGUUCCCAAAGGUGUUCUCCUUCUUCUGUCUGCACUGGGUGCAGGAUCAGAGACUCGCCCUUCAGAACAUCGGUAAGCUUCUGUCUCCCGGAGGUGAAACAGUUCUGAUCAUCGUGACCGGCAGUCCCAUCUAUAUGAUGUUAGAAACACUGGCAAAGUCCUCUCGGUGGAGUGCCUACAUGAUGGAUUACCGUCAGUUCGAGCCACCUUACGUACUCACUGAAAAUCCAGUGGCCGUUCUGACGAAAUACCUGCAUGAAGCUGGUAUCUCCGUAAAAACAUGCCGCAAUGAGGACAGCAGCUAUUCUUCCAAGGAUGAGCAAAAAGUUAAAAACACGAUAACUGCGAUAAACCCGUUCGUCGGCAGGAUCCCGCAGCAACAACUGGAGGCCUUCAUACAAGACUGCGUGGCAGAGGCCUACAGUAACGGCACGAUACGCGCUGACACACUGCCGGGCGGCACCGUCUACUCCUUGCCGUACAGCGCCAUGUUCGCCCAUGCAGUCAAGGCCUGAGCUUGGUGGCUUCUGCAGUCAUGAUCUCUAAUGAUUCGAAAAGCUCGCAUUUUACUCUAUUUUCCUCGUAUCGUCUGUGUGCGCAACGUUCUCGUUAAAUCCAUGCUACUUCGCGACCACUGUCCUUCAUAUGAGUUUGUGGAAUACCAUCUCAACUCAUUCUUGACAAGAAUACUUCAACACUUGCCUAGCGUUAUUCAAAAGCCAUUCUCUCACAAAAACUAGUAUACAUGAGAGAAUAGCAGAAUUAUACUAUGACUGAAAAUAUGAGUUGAGGAUUGGCCCAAAAUUAUAUUCCUCCGGCAUAUACUCCAGAAACAACUUUCACGACGAACGCUCAGGAUUUUUCUUCACUGCCAUGAAGCAAUCGUCAAUGGUGGUUUAACAUUGCCUUGUCGGAUCUUAGGACGCUCUACCGCUCUACCGUUUAUAGUGCAUCUCGUGUGUGUGUGUGUGUGUGUGUGUGUGUGUGUGUGUCUAUGUAAGAAAUAAUCUAGUCAUAGAGGUAAUAGAGAAGAAUAAUAUUUUUCCCGUUUUUAUUAUUUGCUUCAUAUAAAUGCCGAAUGUAGGAAGGUAGUGCUCCUGAGUAACAGACAAGAAAUAAGCUGUGGAAACAAACAUUGUUUACGUAAGGAUAGGUGUUGUGAAAGGAACUUGGUUAAAAAGCCUGUAACGUAAAUUGGUAACUUUUAAUAAUUAGUAACUUUUAAUUAUAGGCAGUAUUUAAAAAUUAUUUUUUUACCACUAGAAACAGUAAACGAUGAUGCAACCUGGCAAUCCAUUAUUUCGUGUGUACUAUUUAUAAUGAUUUUUAACUUAAAGCUACUGAAAACGUCUC